UAUCAUUCUCGUUGCGGUAGCCUUCGAGGACGGUACACGCUCCACGCAUCCUCACUCUUCUGGCGCUUUUCCUCGCGUGCGCUUCUCUUUUACCACCACCUCCCUUAUUUACCCACGUUCGUUCUACGUUUAGCACGUGCCACCAUUGCCGCUCUUGUUUAUUAAACCACGGCAUCUGGUUCGAGAAAUUGUUCAACGAAAAUAUUUAAAUAAUAACAGCGGAUCUCCUUAAAAAAUAUCCUUAUCUCUUUAAAUCCGAAGCCGAAUAAAAAAGAACCAGACCUGAGGUUCAGAAAAAACUGCGAAACUGGAGAUGAAUGAAAAAUUUCGUAAAACCACUAAAAAAACAACACGAUUCAACAACAUUUUCAUGUAAUAGAAAGUGAAAGAAAUUCCGAGAAUCAAUCAAGAACUUUUCAGUGAAUUUUCCCAGUUGUUCAUGCUCCGCUCAAUCCUUUAUUUAUGAUUUAUAAAAAAAAAGUGACGUGAACUGACAGAUGAAGAAAUUGUGAUCGCGGAAAUAAUUGUAUCAUCGGCUUUCACGUCAAUGGGUGACACUCGCGAUUUCUCCCGUGCAUCCCAUAUAUUCAAUUCACUCGGGUUUGUUCAGCUUCUUGAAUGCCCGAUUUAUUAUAACUAAACCAGUGUAUCCACAACGUUCCACUUCCUGGGGGGAAGGGGACAAUUUUUCCUCGGUUAAACGUGAAAUGCGAUCAGUGUUGUCAUUGAAUCUUAAGCUGUGAGUUUAAUGUGAAGUGAAGAUAGAUGAUUCUAUCGAGUUGAGAAAAUACUGGGGGACGUUUUAUCAUGGGAACAGCCUCUGGGUAGCUCUGAUAUCGCGCGAGUGAGACGUAGAGCGGCCAUGGAAUCACCAGGAGAUCCACGAUGCGAUUUAUCACAGCGUCAAGCUGAGAAGUACAGCUCCAGCUCCAUCAGCCGGAAGUUACGAUGUGGUAUACCACCGUGUGGAUUCAACAGUGGCUCGAGAUGCAUUGUGAUACUGAUGAUGCUGUCUGCAGCAUCACUAGUUGACUCCUACAUACCGGAAAAGUAUCCAAUUCAGGUAUACCACAUGCUCCAGGAGCGAUCUCAAUACGGAAUCGGUCGUGACAAUAGAGUAAGAGGAAGCUGGGGCCCCUGGAGCUCCUGGAGUGAGUGUUCAAGGCCCUGUGGAACUGGUGUUCAAUCGCAAGCCCGUCAGUGCAGCCUGCCACGGGCCCUGAGAAAGAGGAGUUUAGUAAACGAUGUUAACGCAACUAGUCCAAAGCCGAUUUGCAUUGGCACAUACAAGAGGUAUCAUGUCUGCAACACUCACGAGUGUCCGAAUUACUCGGAGGAUCCGCGGACCGAGCAAUGCGCUAAGUAUAAUGAUAGGAUUUACAAAGGGAAAACCUACAAUUGGGUGCCCUUUUUAAAUGCACCAAAUCCAUGUGCGCUAAACUGCCGUGCAAUGAAUCAACGAUUUUAUGCGACCCUGGAGCCAGAAGUGGUCGACGGUACACCAUGCGAUGGUCCCAAUCUGAGUGGUCGAAGUACGGGUCUAGUCAUGGACCGAACUGAGCAAUGGUUGUGCGUCGCUGGACAAUGCAGGCCAGUGGGAUGCGAUGGAGUGGUUGGAUCCGGUGCUAUUAAGGACACCUGCGGUGUGUGCGGCGGCCAGGGUAGAGGCUGCAAGUUAUUUGAGGGAAUUUUUAUGGAGCCUAUCCUUCCGAAAGGCCAUCAGCCUGUCACUACGAUACCCCGGGGUGCUAUGUCACUCAAUAUCUCCGAGUUACGAUAUACUGGAAAUUUUUUAGCUUUGAGGGCUGAGAAUGGAAGUUACAUAAUUAAUGGCCCGGAUUCAGUGAGUCCGAGUGGUAUUUAUAAAAUAGCAGGGACGAUUUUGAAGUAUCAAAGGGGUGAUAAGAAGCGUAUGGAGAGUAUAGCGGCAACAGGACCGCUCAAUGAGUCCCUCAACAUUGAAAUUUUGUAUCACGAAGUGAAUCCGGGUGUAUUGUAUAAGUAUAUGCUACCGGCGCCAGAGGAAAUACCUGAGGAUAAUGCCAUCAUCGCUCCGCCUCUUUAUGCACCAGGUUCUGUUGUAAACGAAAUUCCCCAUUCGAAUUUGGGAAUGGCUUCUCCGAAUCCAGUCACUCGGGAGAGACAGCCGGAGGCAUCGCUAACGAGAAAUCAGGUAAAAGAACAGAGCGAGGAGCAUACAAAUGAAGAAAUGAAAUUUUCACCGACAACAGUGAUGGCGGGUGAUGAACCAACUAUUAAUUCAUCUUCGAAGAAGAAGAAGAACAGAAAGAAAAAAAAAUGGAAAUUCGCCUGGAGAAUUAUGGGACUUUCACCUUGUACCAAAUCCUGCGGCGGAGGUAUGCAAAAUGGAAUAAUCAAGUGUAUCAGGCUGGAUAACGAUAUGGUGGUGCCCGAUCGUAGGUGUAGAAAAUUUGAAAAGCCUGAUGCACCGUUAUCGGUCCAGUGCAACGAGCGUCCUUGUCCAGCCCGUUGGCGAGCCGAAGUUUGGUCCGAGUGUUCCGUCACCUGUGGCACGGGUGUGAAAACACGGCGCCUCGAGUGUGUUCAAGAUUUGAAUUCUAAAUUGACAAUGCGUGUUGCUGCAGGCGCUUGUCCCCAACCACCGGACUUGGGCACUGUCAGCUCUUGUGCAGGCCCACCCUGUCCGAGUCUGGAAGUUCGCCAGAUGAGUGGGACACAGCGUGAUACAACACCGAGGUGGCAUGUCGGCGUGUGGGGAGCAUGUUCGUCAACAUGUGGAAAAGGGAUCAGAAGGCGUACGGUCACUUGCAUCACAGCAGGUGAACCCUGUGUCCAGUCCGCAAAGCCCGUCGAUGAGCGACUCUGCGAGGGUCAAUGCAAUUCAACAUCAGUCUGGCUGUAUUCUGAGUGGUCGUCAAAGUGCACAGCUGAAUGCGGCCGUGAGGUGGAGACAAGGAGGGCUGCAUGUAGCGAUGUCAAUGAAACAUUUUGUGAUGCGAGAAAAAGGUCAAUUACGGAGAGGCAAUGCUACAAUGUAACGAAAUCAUGUCAGGAGCCGAAAUGGUUCACUGGUCCUUGGUCAGCGUGUUCGGUUCUGUGUGGCGAGGGUAUCGCCCAUCGCGAUGUCAUUUGCAUCGACAACUCGUCAGGUGAAUCAAAAAUACUGUCUGAGAGUAAUUGCACAACACCGAGGCCGCACGCCGAGCAGGUCUGCCACAUGUCAGCCUGUACACCUGAGUGGUACAUGUCAGACUGGAGUGAGUGCUCGACUACUUGUAAUGGGGGUAUGCAGACGAGAGUUGUGCGGUGUAUUGCGGAGGGUUUCGAAUCGAUGGGAUGCGAGGUCAGAAACAAACCGGUGGACCAGAGGAUUUGUAACACGCAACCGUGCAGAAAGGACUUGUCUCAUAGAAUUCCGAAGAAAGCCCAUUCUGUCGACGGAUGCACUGAUAAAUACCCCAACUGCGAAUUAGUAGUAAAGACAGGCUUAUGUCGAAUAAAAUACUACAAACACUCGUGUUGUGGUUGUCGCCAUUAAUCUCAAUCAAAAGGAAAAUGUAAAUUGAAAUAACAAUUGUAAUUGAAAGUCUGACCCUAUCGUAGCCUAACGAGAUUUUUGUAAAGGAAAAAUGUAAAAGUAUUUUUACUAAUUUAAAGAAACUAUUGAAUGAA